AUGGCGAGUUCAUUACGACUUUCGGGGCCACGACGAUAUCCUAGCUCGGUGUCUUCUUCCUGGGAUGGACAAUUGACUCGCUCGAUGUCCACGAUACUGAUUAUUUUACUUUAUUUGGUGCAGCCGUCCCGGCAACAGAAAGAUCCUUUGAACGAUUUUUGCAGGAGAUGGGGACACCAGACAACAGUGAUUGAUCGACAGAUGUUCAUAGAUGGAGGAAUGAUCGAUUGGAAUCCUCUAUCUCAAAACCCUUCCAAUUACUCUAACUCCUGGCUUCUCUAUAACGAUCUCGACACAAGUCCUGCGGCGGCAGGAAUGCCUCAAUUGCACGCAAAUCUGUCGAAGAACGCCUCAAUACCGAACGUCAGUGGAGGUGUGCUUUGGGCUGAUGAGGUCAACAAACGAUUCUAUCUUUUUGGCGGGGAUUUUUUUACUCAGCCAAGUUCACCAAACCUUUAUUCAUACGACGUACUAUACAAUCAAUGGGAUAAUUUUGGUCCACCAAACAAUGGCGUCACGAGCGUUUCGUAUGGUAUGGGAGUUGGUAUUUCAGAUCUGGGCCAGGGUUACAUCCUUGGUGGGUGGCAGAGCAAUUCUUCGAUUCCGGGAUGGUCUGGACCUCCUCUCGCAACGAGCGGUAUGAUCAAGUAUGAUUAUCAAAUGGGAACAUGGACAAACAAUACGGGACCUGAUCAAACUGGAAGAGCAGAGGGUGUUAUGCUCUAUCUUCCGGCGAGUCGCACUGGAGUUCUUGUCUAUUUCGGUGGCAUCCAGACACCUUACAAAAAUGAGACGGUAGUGUCCGCGCCUAUGAACCAAAUUCAUAUCUAUGACAUUCAAAGUUCGCAAUGGUACACUCAAAACGCGACUGGAGAUAUCCCUGGAGAUAGGAGGAGGUUUUGCGCAGGUGCUACCUGGGCACCUGAUUAUUCUUCCUUCAACAUAUAUCUAUAUGGAGGUGCAGGUUUUGGAGCUAACUCUUCUGGGUACGACGACGUCUAUAUCCUUAGUCUUCCGUCAUUUACGUGGACUAAAUUUUGGUCGAACACUGAUACUGCGGCGAAACCACAUAACAUGCUAAGCUGCCAGGUCGUUGACGGGGCUCAAAUGCUGAUCGUGGGGGGAUCCUUUCCAGGAGACCAAUUUUCAUGUGAUACGGUGAAUUCCUGGGGAACGCAUAAUCUCAAUCUCAACGAACCAGCCGCGAACCUCCCGUGGAACACAUAUCAACCAAACCUGACCUCUUAUGUCGUUCCUUCCGCUAUAAUAUCCAGGGUGGGUGGAUCUCCUACGGGUGGUGCGACCAUGAAGUCGCCUUCUGCUGGUUUCCAAAAUAACGAUUUGAGUGUAUACUUCCAACAAAAAGCAUCUGCGGUAAAUCGAACCCCGACCAGAGCUAUAACCACCGCGACUGGAUCGUCAACUUCUAAGCCUUCUUCUGGAAAUAAGUUGGCUCCAGGUGUGGUUGCUGGAAUCGUUGUCGUUCUUGUCGUUGCAAUUGUUGGUCUUUUCGCGGCAUGCUUCUGUGUCAUUCGCAUCCGCAAAAACCGGGCUUACGUGCCUGAAGUCUCGGCACCAGUUCCACCUGUGUAUGGUGGCGGUAAUGCAUCCAAGAUGUUCCCACAACGACCGGAUCGCAGUUACGAUCCUAAAAAUCCUCAUAUUGCUCAGCAAAGAAGCACAUCAACAUACCAAGUCCUGUCCCAUGCACCUGACGCAGUCGAGUUAUCUGGUCACAAUUCGAGUUUGGGAGAUUAUACAACUGUCAAUGCCGAUGGUAACAUACAUAGUUCAAAACAGGGUGUUCCUCCAUAUACGAUUAACUGGCACCACCCAACUUCGCCUUCUGAGAAUUAUUCCAGUCCAACAUCACCAUACUCACAACAAAAUCAAUUUUCACCAGUGCCAACGGAAUUAGACGGCGAAAGUACCAUACUUUCUGCCUCUCCCACACCAAGAUAUUCGACCCUAGGAAGAAUGACCUCGAAAAAGAUAACCCCGAUACACGAGACAUAUUAUUCGUCAUAG